CUUUAGGGAACCUUUUCGUGCUUUGAUCAUGGAAUGUUCUGAGUGUCUGGAUAGUUAAGGGUUGCUUUUAAAUUCAGGUUUCUCAGUAUAUCUUACAAGUGAUCGAGCGAGGUUGACUGUCUUCACCCACUGAGAUACGGUUUUAUUUCAGCUUUUUUCAGAGAGACACAGCAUUCACCAUGUCCAACACAUCUCGUCCCCGCGGACUACCCAGCAAGUUUGAGUUCAUUCAAGUUGAAGGAGAGGGCGGCUUUGGGAAGGUGGUGAAAUGUAUUGACAUGGAGACCCUACGUUUUGUGGCUGUAAAGAUGCCUAAAUGGUGGUGCAAGCACACCAAGAAUGAGCACGCCAUUCUGGAAAAGAACAUGUCCCACAAACUUGACAAACACAACAUUGUCAAGUACAUCGAAUGUUUUCCGACCUUCUUUGGAAAGGGUCUUGUGUUUGAGGCACUGGAUAUAAGCCUGUGGCACUACAUGUGGCUGCAAAACCAUGCCCCGAUGAGUAUGAGUGACAUCAGGCCCAUCAUCCAACAGUUGGCCACAGCACUUGACGGGCUGAAGGAGAUUGGGGUGAUCCACACUGAUGUAAAAUCAGACAACGUCAUGAUGGUGAAUCAUUACCGACGACCCUUUGAAGUCAAACUGAUAGACUUCGGUCUGGCCAUUCCCACGGCGGACGCCGAGAAGUUCAGAAGAAGGCAAUUGUUACAUGUCACUGCCCCAGAAAGUUUUUUGGGCGGCGAAUUGAAUGAGGCCAUUGACAUGUGGGCCCUGGGCUGCACCCUGUUCCAGAUGGUCUCUGGCCAGUUAGCAUUCAAAGACAACGAUGCGUAUGGAAUGGUGUCCAGAAUGGUCCAACUCCUUGGCAUGCCAUCGAACCAUCUCCUUGCAAAGUCUAACAAGGCAGACGUUUACUUUACAAAAACUUGCACAGGAGUUUGGAGGAUCAAGACGCCUGAGGAAUAUUAUAAACAUCCACCAGAAGAAAAGUGGCGGAUGAUCAAACAUCUGGAUGACGUGAGACUAGUGUGUCAGGAGGAAAAAAACGAGACUGAGGCUGUUGAGAUAACACAGUGCCUCGAGCUCCUGAAGGCCAUGAUGACAUUCGAUGCAGAAGAGAGGAUCACUCCUCGUGAAGUCCUGAAUCAUCCUUUCAUCACCAAAGUCUAUCCGAAGGUCCAGACUCCAAAAAAGAGCUGUGCAAGUAAACCUCCUGCCGCUCCCCUGAAUAAGAAAGCCGGCAGUAAAAUCCAACCAGGCAACUGUACUCUAUCUCCUGAAAUUCUCACAGCAGCGGAGAUCUCGGUUCGACCUGUGACAGCCGAGAACGCAACGCUGCUGGAAGGUCAGGAGAGUACAGUUGGUGAGCCUACUGCUGCUCCUCUGGAGGAUGAAGCCAGCAGUAAAAUCCGACCAGGCGACUGUUCUCCAUCUCCUGAAUUUCUCACAACAGCUGAGAUCUCGGUUCGACCUGUGACAGCCGAGAACACAACGCUGCUGGAAGGUCAGGAGAGUACAGUUGGUGAGCCUACUGCUGCUCUUGUGGAGGAUGAAGCCAGCAGAAUCAUCGGAUCAAGCAACUGCACUCCAUCUCCUGAAUUUCUCACAACAGCUGAGAUCUCGGUUCGACCUGUGACAGCCGAGAACACGACACUGCCCGACGAUCAGGAGAUUCCAGUUAGUUUUGAGUCUGGACUGAGCAAGAUGUCAGAGUCCUCAGUGAGCAACGCCGACAGCAACAGGAAGAUAUCUGUGGACUCAACCACAUGUGAAGACACUGGGCCAACGGCGAAGGGGAAGAAGAAGAAGAAGAACUGCUUCAGACGACUUCUCUCUUGGUUUAGGAAGACAUUCUGCUGCUGUGUUUCCUGCGGUGACGUUGAUGAGGGAUGUGUAGAGUAGUGUUCUGUGUGGGGUUUCUAUAGCAUGGUUCUCAGGGCUUUUGGGGAGUUUUCCAAUCAAACUUGACAUCGUUUGCUCACUGUCCCUCUAUCUGCGUGGUUUUCUCCGGGUGCUCCGGUUUUUCCAACAAACAUGAAUUAUGUUUGAAAAAAAAAAUGCAGCUCAUCCAGGGACAGAUCUGAUUGCAGACAAUCAUAUGUCAAUAUUUGCUUGGAAAAGCCCCCAUACUGCCUGAAUGUCCCAUAACAAAUACAGCACAUUCCCUCCCAUCAGUCUUUCAGUCUGGGCUGAACAAGACCGUAACGAUCAACACCGACAGUAACAGGAAAGUGACAUUCACCCCCACUUGCGUCUGAAUUGUGCAUUCUGAAGUACGGCUGGAGACUUAAAUGUCCUUUGAUUUUCAGAAGACAUCGGGCCAAAGAAGAAGGGGAAGAAGAGGAGAAACUGCUUCAGAUGACGUGUCUCUCGGUUAUUUCAGCAGCCGUGUUUCCCCCAUUGAUUGGGGAUGUGUGAAGUUGUGUAGGGUUUCUUUAGCAUGGUUUUCUGGACUUCUGGAGAGCUGUGCAAUCGAAACCCUCACACAUCUUCCUUGGGCAGCAUGGUGGCUUAGUGGUCAAUUUUGACAUUGUGGCUUCACAGCAGAAGGUGCUGGCUUUUUAUGGGCCUCUGCGUGUCUGUGCAAAGCCUGCUCACUGUCCCCAUGUCUGCGUGGGUUUCCUCCGGGUGCUCCGGUUUCCUCCCACACUCAAUUCAGAUUGGAUUUUAAAGUGAAACUGAAACCUAGGCUUUUUUGAGAAUGUGUAUGAGUCAAACCUUCGCGUAAAAGCAUGAGUGCGACGAAAGACGCACAGAUUUACUGUAUAUUCGUUUUUGGCUCAAACUCAUUUUGAAUGGGAGUGCAGAAAGCUUUUGCACAGCUCACCUUAGCAGUAGCUUGUUCCGCUACCUGCCGUCACGGCAGCCCAGAAGUAUUGAUCUCCGAAUGCAAUGUAACAUGGACGACAGUUAAGGUCAAGGACCGCUACUGUCUUCCGGCGACAACUAUCCACGCGAUAUCUCACUUGACUUUUCCGGCUUUUGAUUUUAGUAUUGUUUCUUAUAUGAGGCUCCUUUUUCAACUUCAAGGUCAAUAUAGUUUUUCGCUAAUGACAAAACAAUGAAUUAUCCGUGCAUAUAUAAGUAAGUUUUAGGAGCGCUCCACCUUAACUCUCGUCCAUGUUAUGUCGCAUUCGGAGAUCAAGUAAGUUGUCCAAAAACUUUCUUUUUAGUAAACUCUGUGCACACAAACAAUAUUCUCAAUGCUUGAGUUCAUGUAUAGAGACCCUGGUGAGACUACGAGCAAAGUUUCAUGUUGCGUCGUGCCUUAGUGUUAAAAAAAUAGGGAUUUUGACGCUAUAGCUAAUUUGCCCCAAGCACUCCCAUUGAAAACGAAAACACGGCAAAUCUUAGAAGUGCCUCUUUCAUGGUAAUUAUGCUUUGAAACGAUGGUUUGACUUGUACACAUUCACAAAAAGGUCUAGGGUACAUUUUGGCGAGAGUUCCCAUGACUUUCAGCACUGAUUUUGAGUCAUUGGGUGACACACUAUUGAAUAUUGUUAAGAAUCUGGAAUUUUCAUUAAGAUUGUCAAUAAAAAUAAGAAACACCAAAAGACAAUAAA